AUGAAACAGUUCCAGUUCAGUUCUUUUGAACGGGAACUGGUACCAGUUCGAGUUCGAAAAGAACGCGCGUUGAUUAGUCCGCAGAUUAGUCAUUCUGCUUCAACACAACCGCUCGACGAUGCCGAUCUAUUGUCGUAUCGUGUUCAUCGUCGAAGAAGUAUCUUAUCUGAUUCUUCUAAUAAUUUAAAUUAUUCAUAUCGCAAUCAAUCUACAUCAUCAUUACAAUUACGUUAUAAUUCAUUACAUCAACAACGACGUCCUUCAUCAUUUGAUAAUGGUAAUUUUGAUUAUUCAUAUACGAACCAUCAUAAUCAUUUAGAUAAUAAUCAUAACACGGCGUACGUUAAAUUAAAAAAGUUUACUGAACGUUUACUUGAAAUUGAACGUAAAGCACGUGAAAAACGAUGGAAUAAUAAUCAAACAACAAUAGGAAAUAAUGAAAAUAGUCAGAAACAAUUGACUACAAAUAAUCGAAAAAAUGAAAAUGAACAUAUAGAAAAAAUAAAUAAACAAUAUGGUCUAUGUGUACAAGACGUUGUUAAUCGUUUAAAUCGACGACGAAAUUCAAAAUCAAUAACAUCUACUGUAGUAAAUGAAGUACAAAUGGAUACAACAACAACGAUACCAACAACAAUUGAUAAUAAUAUAAAUAAUCAAAAUAUUUUAACCCGAUUUAUUAAUGAAAAACGAAAAAGAUCUUUGAAUUCGGAUGAGCUAAACGCAACGAAAGUGACACAAAAUCAUUUAUUCACCCAGAGUUUACCGAACGGUGAUCCUGAUUUGAACAAUUUUGUAACUGAAACUCCUUCAUUCUAUAAUGAUACGGACGUUCGUAAAGCGAAAAUUCGACGAAUUCAAAGUGAUUCGGUAUUAGCAAAGUUUUCCCGUCGUUCACCAAGACAAAACCUUCGAAAAGUAAAAACAAUGCCGGCAAUGAUGAUUAUUAAUUAUCCAACAAUCAAAUUGAACCAACAAAGUAAUACACCACCUCUAGUCACAGAAUUAAGAGACAAUACAAUAAAUGAAACUUUGCUUCCUAUAACACAGCAGAUAGUACCCACUGCUAGUGGUUCUCCAUCUAUUGAAGAAGACACUCAGCAAUCAUCGUCUAUAAAACGAGAAAAACAAGUUGUUUUUGAAGUUAAAUCAAAUACUUAUAAACGAAAAGUAGAAGUGAAAACAAAACAAGAAGAUAAGAUUUUAAAAAAACCUGCAGCUUCUAUUUCGGGAGCUGUCAUACAACCACCAGACAGUUGUGUUCCAGAAAGUCCGUCGAUAUCAAUGUGUACGCAUGAACAUCGACGAGCAUCAUUCUCAAACAGUUCUCUACAAAGUUUCAAAGUUAGUAUUAGUUCGUCUGAUUCAUCCACAAAACUUCCAACAGCUACAGACGUAACUGAUGAUAGUACAAGUGAUAUAUAUACAUCGAUGCUUGGUAGUCUCAGAGAAGACAGUUACAAUGAUUUUACUACGGCUGUUGAUACGAGUAGUCAUUUGGACGAUUUUGAUUUACGUCGCGAUGAAGAGUUUGAUAAACGACCAUUAUUGGAACUUAUAUCAGAACUUCAUAAACACCACAUUCCGCAAAAAAUGAUAUCGGUUGAAAAAGGGCCACAAGAGCAGUUGAAAUCGAGCCAAGAAAGUUUGCUAUUAUCGCCAACUGAAUAUCAAACAGCUAUUUCACCGGCAGCUUCCUCAUCAUCAGCUCGACCUCUAUCACCCACAAUCGUUCCACCAAAACAAUUUAGCCCAUUUAGACCGGUUAUCGUUCACAGAAAGUACCAGUCUCCAAUCGGUCGAUUUGAAUUUGUUGACGGAAAUGAGAACAUUGCCGGAGGUGGCGGUAAUGUCCGGCGAAAUAGCCGAACAGGUGGUCCGGUUAUUCGCAGUCAUACAUUUAAUUCAAAUCAUGUUGUUCCCGUGAAAGAUUUAAGCGUUGAAUCUGUCGAUUCCACGCAAACAACGGAUGAUACAGAUCGCAUGCAUCACAUAUCAACACCAGAAUUAUUUACAGCGUUGCCAACGAUUAGCGGACAAGAAUUAAUAUCACAGGAACAUGAAAGAACGGCGGAGGAUAAAAAUGAAGUAGGUUUUUGA